AUGGCGGCUCUACAGUCGAAUGUGGCCGCUGCUCACAUUUACCACGAAAAUGCGGAAGGGGAUCGAUGGGAAGCGAUCGUGGCGGGACCGUUGGACCAAGCUGCUCCUACUUUACAAGUUCAUGCCCAGAUCAUCGUCCAGGAUCAUUUGGUGCUGAUGUCAGGGUAUAAAGGAGGUGAGCCUCCGUCCCCAAAUCAGGACGUCUACGUUCUCCGGCUCGAACGUAAUCCAUGUUGGCGCAAGCCGGUAAUAGCUGGUACACCACCUGAUUCUUCCAUCCUGUCUACAUUCAUCCCUCUAACACCUGGGAGACUUCUUCUAAUUGGCGGACAGAACGGAGCAGUCACGGAUGCGAGACAGUCCCACAAACUGGCCCACAUCCUCCAUUAUUCGCUAGACGACCUGGAUUUCCAGUGGCGCUGGGAGCAGUGCCCGCUGAGCGGCCUGCCCAUAACAACGGUGAUGAACAUCGACUGGGCCAAAGAUCGAGACGAGAAACUGAGAAUCUUUGCGAUCGGAUUUUCAACGCGGCUUCAACGAAGCGAAAUCAUUGACGACCACUACUCGGAGAUUCAAAAACUACUGUUUUCCAUAGCUGACGAGGCCAUGACCGAAAUUUCGGCGCUUUUGUAUGAAUGGAAAGACCGAAUCGACGACUACGAGUCGAAACGGGGUGGCGAGGAACGCAUCGCACCUGUGGACAUGGAAAUGUUCGAUCUGCACCGUGUCAUUCUCCGCCGCCACGACCUGGCACUAGAGAUCCAAGGACUGCAGAGGAUGCUCUAUAAAGUACACUACGCCGCUAACCAGCCAGACGAUAGAAGAGUCGAUAUCGCUGGGGUUGCCACUUCAGCACCCUUAAUGAUCAAAUUCCUCCGGCCGGAACAGGACACAACACUUGAGCCGGCCGAUCGUAUGGAUGUUUUGGAGACGAUUAUGGCCAGGGCUCGGCUGCGGGUCCUCCGCUUCUACGAGCCCCACCUCCUACCCUCCCACCAAAACCCGGCCGCUGGCCUGUUCCGAGUUGGCCAGCGACGCUAUGUACUGUACACGGCUGAUUUGACGUGCUCUGAUGAUGCCAUUACCAAAAUAGACUUCGAAGAGCACCGUGAAUGGUACGGUGCCUGCCCAAAGUUGAGCCAGAAGCCGGCGGUGAUUGCGGGCAAUGGCCAGCUCUUCGUGGAUCCGGGCGUCGGCCGAGGUAGCUACACCCUGACUCCGAAAAUCCCGUACAAACCC